AAAAACAUCCAGAAUAACAACAGGAGUUGAACUGGAAGGGAAGUCCACGACACCUUUCUUCCUGAAAUGGGAGCGGCUUUCUUCUACCCACCAGAGCAGCUGACCUAGUGAGGACGCCGAAAGGCCGAGACCACGCCGCGCUCAGGCCAACUCCCAAGUGGGAACUACAAUUCCCAGCGGCCCGUGCAGACGCCAGACCGCGGGCACAGUGCGCCUGCGCAGUGUCAGAGGCUCCGGCUGUGUGGUUCCCGCCAAUUCUUGCCGUAACACUACGGACGUUGAGUCCCGCGCUCCAUGGCGACGUUUGACCCAGCCGAGCUGCCCGAGCUGCUUAAGCUUUACUACCGGAGGCUUUUUCCCUACGCCCAGUACUAUCGUUGGCUCAACUAUGGCGGAGUAAUAAAGAAUUACUUUCAACACCGUGAAUUUUCAUUCACAUUGAAAGAUGAUAUUUACAUUCGCUACCAAUCCUUCAACAACCAGAGUGAUCUGGAAAAGGAGAUGCAGAAAAUGAAUCCAUACAAGAUUGAUAUAGGCGCGGUAUAUUCCCACAGACCCAAUCAACACAAUACAGUGAAGCUAGGAGCUUUCCAGGCUCAGGAAAAAGAACUGGUGUUUGACAUUGACAUGACAGACUAUGAUGAUGUGAGGAGAUGUUGUAGUUCUGCAGACAUAUGUUCUAAGUGCUGGACCCUCAUGACGAUGGCCAUACGCAUAAUCGACCGAGCAUUGAAGGAGGACUUUGGAUUUAAGCAUCGUCUCUGGGUCUAUUCUGGAAGGAGAGGUGUUCAUUGUUGGGUCUGUGAUGAAUCAGUUAGAAAAUUGUCCUCUGCAGUACGUUCUGGGAUAGUUGAGUAUUUGAGUCUUGUAAAGGGUGGUCAAGACGUUAAAAAGAAAGUCCACCUAAGUGAAAAAAUUCACCCUUUUGUCAGCAAAUCUAUAAACAUAAUAAAAAAAUACUUUGAAGAAUAUGCCUUAGUUGAUCAAGAUAUUCUUGAAAAUAAAGAAAGCUGGGAUAAGAUUUUAGCCCUUGUUCCUGAAACAAUUCAUGAGAAUCUUCAGCAAAACUUCCAGAAGCAUCACAAUUCACUUCAGCGUUGGGAAUAUUUGAAGAAAGCCAUCAGCUGUCAGGAUAAUACUAAAAAUGACAAAUGUGGACCCUUGCUUGAAUGGGAGAUCAUGCUCCAGUACUGUUUUCCACGGCUGGAUAUCAAUGUUAGCAAAGGAAUCAAUCAUUUACUGAAGAGCCCUUUUAGUGUUCAUCCUAAAACAGGUCGUAUUUCUGUGCCUAUUGAUUUACAGAAAGUGGACCAGUUUGAUCCAUUUACUGUUCCAACCAUAAGCUCCAUCUGCCAUGAAUUGGAUGCCAUUUCCAUUAAUGAUGAGGGAAAGGAGGGAAACGAAGCCGAAUCUGAUAUCAAACAUAGAACCAGAGAUUAUAAGAAGACCAGUCUAGCUCCUUAUAUAAAAGUUUUUGAACAGUUUCUUGAAAACCUGGAUAAAUCCCGAAAAGGAGAACUUCUCAAGAAGAGUGAUUUACAGAAAGACUUUUGAAGAUAACAACUCUCCUCAAACCAAUGUAGAUGUCUUCUAGCUUCAAGAAUCAAAUACUUCAGGUGCCUGGGUGGCUCAAUCGGUUGGGUGUCUGCCUUCCACUUGGGUCAUGAUCCCAGGGUCCUGAGAUCAAGUCCCAU